GACGAAUUGGUUCGGAGUAAGAAUGUUAUUGGAGAUGGGCUGAGCAUGAGGCAUGACUCUGGGUAUGAUUUAGUAAGAUGAGAGAAUGGGUAUAUAUGAAGGGUGCCUCACCCUCGAAGAUGAGGUUUGUUUUUCAGUAUCAUCAGCAAAGUCAAAUACACAGUCAUCUCAAGCUUCAGCUUAAGUCAAAAGACUCUCUUCACCAAACACAAUAAACACUUUAUUACAAAGUAACUCAAUCUCAACACUCAAUAUGCCUCACGGAUUCCCAGCCUUCCCACAGGGUCAAUUCCCUAACGAUCUCCCACCAACUUGGUUUCAUCCUGCCUCUCCCAAAAUCAGACCCGCCAAGCCAGCAAAGGAGGUUGAUACCGCUUCGAUCGCGAGCACAUCGACCUUCUCGAGCACUGUCUCUCUUUUGAAAGAUAAGGCAAAGCGCACUCUCCCAAUCUCAUACAAGGACUACCGAGCACGAAAGGACUCCCAGGAAGCCGCAUCCGGUACAACAGUCUACUCUGAGAAGCAAUCGUCAAAGAGCACCAAGAAGAGCCUUCCGAAAGAUACAAAGACACCGAGGCAAAGGACCGCAGAAGCAUACAUGAUCUGGGCUGCGACCAAAUAAGUUGACAAUAUCGACAUGUCUUUACUUACGGACUUCUGGAUUCUUGAUGCGAUAUAGCGAUGGGAUUGCAAGGCGUUCGGG